AUGGUGCUCUGGCUCGCCUCCGCUCUCACCAGCCUGGUUGGCACCCGCCGCAUUGCCACCGGGCGUGCCACCACGGCACAGAUGCGCUCCUUCUCGUCGACCAGCGAAUAUGAGCAGGCACUCGCGGCGGAGGCUACGCUCCCGUCUGGCUUCCAAGUGGGCACGGCCGGCUUCCGCUUCUCUCCCGCCGAGGCGGCCGAGGGAACGCGAGCCACGAUGAACCUGACACUCAUCGUCGCCGACGCUCCCUCCAGCAGCUGGGCCGCCGUCUUCACCAAGAAUGCCUUUUGCGGCGCUCCGGUGACUGUCGGCCGGAAUCGGCUCGCGGCGGGCGGUGACCUGCAGGCCAUCGUCGUUAACAACAAGAUCUCGAACGUGUGCUCCGGCAGCGACGGCGUGGGCGACUCGGAGGCGGUCUGCGCCGCCGCCGCCGACGCGCUCUCGCUGCCCGGCGGCGCCUCGUCUGCGGUUCCCGCAGCGGCGGCGGAGCUGCAGCGGGAGAGCAUGCUGCCCGCGGCGCGCGCCAUCAUGACGACGGACCGGUACCCCAAGCUCCGCCGCGCCUCCGCCGCCGGGGGCUCCAUCGCCACCAUGCUCUCCUUCGUGCUGACCGACGUCGCCGUGCCUCGCGCCGAGCUGCAGCGCAUGCUCGCGGCGGCGGCGGACGCCUCCUUCAACUGCAUGUCCAUCGACGCCGACCAGUCGACCUCCGACUCGCUCGUCCUCUUCUCGAGCGGACGGGCGCUCGCGGAGUUCGAGGCGGCGCUGAAGCGCGUGUGCGACCAGCUGGCGGCAGACGUGGCGCGCAACGGCGAGGGGACGACGCGCGUGGCUGUGUGGGCCUGGGGGGAGGGGUUGGGGGCCUCUUCGGAUCCUUCUCGGAGCCCUCCUGUCAGGCACGUGCUCCGGGUGGCGGUGCGAGGCGCUCCGUCGGCGGAGCUGGCGCGCGGCGUCGGCAAGGCCGUCGUCAACUCGCCGCUCGUCAAGACGGCCGUCGCGGGCAACGACCCCAACGUGGGCCGCAUCGUCGGCGCCGUCGGUUCCUUCCUUGGCAGGGCUGCGCCGCAGCUCGACCUCGGGCAGUGCACGAUGGCCAUCGGCGGCGACACCGCGCAGCAGGAGAGCGCGCCCUUCCCGCCGCACGAGCGCUUCGUCGAGGUGGAGAUCGACCUCGGCGCCGGCGGGGAGGCGAGCACGGUCAUCGGGUCCGACCUCACGCGCGAGUACGUGGACAUCAACGCCGACUACCGCUCGUGA